AUGGAGAACUAUUUUGGAGAGUCCAUGGGCAACGCGCAGUCCCUUUCAACAGUUGGCGACUUCGCAAAGUCCCAGAGCCAGCACUUGAGUAUGGAACUAUACGAGUCGCGAGUUGCUUCCCUCCAACGUUUCGUGGCCAUGUGUGUGAUGUUCCAUCAAACAGGAAAGCAAGUGCAAGACUUCUUCCCCAAGUAUACGUUCGGGUUGAUGAACUACAACAUGGAACGCACCCACAGCAUCAUGCGCAUUGCCACCACGGCAAGUCCUGUCAGCGGCGACGCCGUGCGUGGCCAGAUGGAACGAUUGCGUUUGCGUGCCCGGUACCAGAGCGCUGUACAUGUGAUUGAAGGAGCCUGGGCAACAGCCGACAUGCAACACAUGAAAAGACUGAAAGAGCAGUGGCGACAGAACGGCCGCCGCCGAAAGAGUGCCUUGGACGUGAGCCUUAGCAGUCGCCUCUCCCUGCAAAACAGCACAGAGUUCGGUCAGCGGUCUUCUUCCGGAUUGGACGACAGCCAAAGUAGCGGUCGGUCCUUGCUUGCCACUGUUGCUGCAGGAGCCGCUCAAGAACGAGCCGCUGAAGAAGGGGGCAAGAUGUCCGACAGCGAUUCCGACAUCAGCUGUUAA